ACGAGUCAGAGGCUCGUUUCGAACGGCUCGCUCCCGACCUGCCCAUCCCGAACGUGCGUCACGUAUGCAGACACACAAAAGCGAGAGGACGCUUUCAGGAAGCCAUGUUGACGACGCUCGUCACGCCACAUUUCGACGCAUAAACGGCGGAGGGGGGAGACCACGCCAAAGUGAGCCCGUAGUUCGACUCGGAAGGACGGAGGUAGCGAAGAUGUCGGCGGACGAUUUCCAGAGCAAGUACGCCUCCUUCAUGGAGCACAUCGUGAAGAGCACCGUCGAGGAAACUACCAAACUUUUUGAAACUAUGGUCGACGACUUAAAGGCGGAACUAUCGAGGGCCAAGAUGGAGAACGAGGCCCUGAAAACAACAUGCCGGGAAAACGAAACCCUGAACACUCCUUCGGUCAACGAGUCGAGCCAAAGCGAGGGCCCGGAGCGGCGCGACACGGCCGUCCAAUGCGACCUUCUUCCCAGCCACGCCUCAUUGGGACAAAGCACAGAGGAUCAAAACCCACAACGUGCUCACGAAGAGAGGGUUUACAACCUGCUGAAGGACCACGACUAUGAUGCGUCAUUUAAAGAUAUUUUUUACCAGUCGCAGCCAGAGAUGUUAAAUGUCUCUCGACCCACAGACACCAGCAAUGAACUCUUCCUUGCUCUCUCAGAUUCAUCACCAGACUCUUCCGGUGAAACUGACUCAGAAGACUACCAGAUUGACCAGCAAACUGACACAGAAGACCAUCAGACUGACCAGCAAACUGUCACGGAAGAUAUUGACCGGCAAUGUUCAUAUGGGAUGUGUAGAAAAAAUAAGUGCUUAGUGACCGCAGUUCAAGCUGGGUUAAAAAGAGAUGGCGAUGUACACAAACCACCAACUAAAUCGGCAAGAUCACCUGCUACCACUGGUAAUAACACAAAAGCGAAAUCCAAUCAGACGUUGGGGCGCAAAGGAUACGCUAAUCCCUCAACUUUCCAAGAACAGUUGGCCGCACCAAAGGUUAAAAUUCAGCAUCAAUCAUUUGGUAAAACACCAGCAAAUAAACAAGCACGUGUGGUUGUGCAGCAGUACAGUGGUGUUUCCCAUUCAGAAGAACAGCAAGUGGAGCCAAGACUGCCGGAGAAACAAAUGCAGGGGAAGGAACAGCAAGUGGAGCCAAGACUGCCGGAGAAACAAAUGCAGGGGAAGGAACAGCAAGUGGAGCCAAGACUGCCGGAGAAACAAAUGCAGGCGAAGGAACAGCAAGUGGAGCCAAGACUGCUGGAGAAACAAAUGCAGGGGAAGGAACAGCAAGUGGAGCCAAGACUGCCGGAGAAACAAAUGCAGGGGAAGGAACAGCAAGUGGAGCCAAGACUGCCGGAGAAACAAAUGCAGGGGAAGGAACAGCAAGUGGAGCCAAGACUGCCGGAGAAACAAAUGCAGGGGAAGGAACAGCAAGUGGAGCCAAGACUGCCGGAGAAACAAUUGCAGGGGAAGGAACAGCAAGUGGAGCCAAGACUGCCGGAGAAACAAAUGCAGGGGAAGGAACAGCAAGUAGAGUCCACUCUGUUGAAAAAACAAAUGGAGCUGAAGGAACAGCAAAAAGAGCCAACACUGCGGGAGAAACAAAUUGAGAGGAAGGAACAGCAAGUACAGUCAACACUACUGGGAAAACAACCGGAGGGAAAGGAACAGCGAAUAGAGCUAACAGUGCUAGAGAAAGAACUGGAGGGAAAGGAACAGCGAAUAAAGCAAACACUGCCAGAGAAAGAACUGGAGCAAACGGAGCAGCAAGUAGAGUCAACACCGCUUGAGAAACAAAUGGAGAGGAAGGAACAGCAAGUAGAGUCAACACUGCUGGAGAAACAACUGGAUGUGGGGGGAAAUAAGUGUAGCUUGACUGAAGAGGAACAGCAAGUGGAGCAAACACUGCCUGAGAAAGAACUGGCGGGAAAGGAACAUCAAGUAGAGCCAACGGUGCUGGAGAAAGAACUGGUGGGAAAGGAACAGCAAAUAAAGCAAGCACUGCCAGAGAAAGAACUGGAAGGAACGGAACUGCAAGUGGAGCAAACACUGCUGGAGAAACCACUGAAGGAGGGGCCAAACAAAUGUGGCUCGACUGAAGAGAAGGCAAACGUGGAAAUAAAUGUGACGGUAAACAAAAACCGAAGGCAAAGAAAACAGCCCUCAGACAAAGUAAAACGUUUGCUUCAGACUCCGAAACAAAUAGGUGUUUCAGCGUCAAAUAAUGGCGAGGAACAUAAUGGAGUGGAACACGUUCCUACUAUUUUCGAGAGGUACACAUCUUUAUGUGAGGUUACAAAAGUGAGUCCGAGGUCAUGUACAACUGAAAGUACCACCAAAGCCAGCCCUGCAAAGAGUUCAUUCCCACCCGAGAUCAUCUCCGUUCAGGGAAAUGCCAGUUCGAAAAAGACCCGAGCAAAUCGCCCGCACCAGGAUAGGUCUGCCCAUAAAAAGACUGACUCUCCAAGGAAAAGUUUAAUUAGAAAAUCUGGUCGUUCAAAAAAGUUCUAUGGCAUCACAAAAGUGUGUCUGAGAUCAAGUACAGCUAAAGAUGCCACCACCACCACAAACAGCCCUCUAAAGACAACAGACCCACCUGGUCGUAAGAAGCGUGUCUCCACCCGGGAAAAUUCUGCCUUGAAAAAGACCCAAACUAUUUCGCCACUUCAAGAUAGGUCUGAAAAUGCAGACACGGAAUCUUCAGGGAAAAGGUCAACUCGAAAUUCUGCUAAUUCGAAUAAAUCUCCUGGGGUUCCAGAAGUGUCUCUGAGGUCAAGUACAACUAAAGAUAGCGCCACAACCAGCCCCCUAAAGACUAAAUUCUCACCUGAGAUUAUCUCCACUCAGGAAAAUGCUAGCUCGAAAAAGAUCCAAACUGUUUCUCCACAUCAGGAUGGGUCUUGCCGUAAAAACACUGAAUCUUCCGAUAAUGGAUUAGGCCAAGAUGGUGCUAGUUCAGAAAAGUCUCUUUGUGUUCCAGAAGUGUGUCUAAGAUCAAGCACAACUAAAGAUACCACCACCACGCCAAAGAGUACAGUCCCACCCGAGAGUAUCUCCGCUGAAGAAGAUGCUGGCUCGCAACUGACCCAAACAAUUUCUCCACACCAAGAUUUGUCUGCCCAUAAAAAGACAAAAUUAAUUAAAAAUUCCGCUACUUCAAAAAAGUCACAUGGUGUUCCAGAAGUGUGUCUUAAAUUAAGUACAACUAAAGAUACCACCAAAACCAGCCCCGCAAAAACUGCACUCCCACCUGUGAGUAUGUCUGCUAAAGAAAAUGCUAGCUUGAAAAAGACCCAAACAAAUUCCCCACAGCAGGACAGGUCUUCCCAUAAAGAGGCUGAAUCUUUAGGGACAAGAUUAAGUACAUUUUCUGCUAGCUCAAAGUCCCACGGUGUUCCAGAAGUGGGUCUAAUAUUAAGUACAACUAAAGAAACCACCGCAACCAGCCCCCCAAAGAGUCCAUUCCCACCUGAGAUUAUCUCCACUGAAGAAACUGCUAGCUCCAAAAAGACCCAACCAGAUUCCCCACAGCAGGAAAGAUCUGCCCAUAAAAAGACUGACUCUUCAGUGGCAAGAUUAACUAGAACAAGUGCUUCAGAAAUGUUUCUGAGGUCAAGUACAACUAAAGCUACCACAACCAGCCCCCCAAAGAGUGGAUUCCCACCUGAGGUUAUCGCCAUUCAAGAAAAUGCCAGUUCAAAAAAGACUGAAACAAAUUCCCUACAGCGGGAUAUGUCUGGCCAUAAAGAGACUGACUCUUUAGGGACAAGAUCAAGUCGAGAUUCUGCUAGUUCAAACAAGGCCCAUGAAGCUCCAGAAGUGUUUUUGAGAUCAAGUACAACUAAAGAUACCACCACAACCAGUCCUCUAAAGAGUACGUUACCACCCGAGAUUAUCUCCACUCAGGAAAAGGCUGGCUCCAAAAAGGAUAGGUCCGGUAAUAAAAAGACGGAAUCCUCCGGGACAAAAUUAGCUAAAGAUUCUGCUAGUUCAAAAAAGUCCCAUGGGGUUCUAAAAGUGUGUGAGAGGAUUAGUUCAACUAAAGAUACCACCACAUCCAGCCCCCCAAAGAGUGCAUUCCCACCUGAGGUUAUCUCCAUUCAAGAAAAUCCUAGUUCAAAAAAGACAGAAACAAAUUCCCUACAGCAGGAUAUGUCUGGCCAUAAAGAGACUGACUCUUUAGGGACAAGAUUAAGUAGAGAUUCUGCUAGUUCAAACAAGGCCCGUGAAGCUCCAGAAGUGUUUUUGAGAUCAAGUACAACUAAAGAUACCACCACAACCAGUCCUCUAAAGAGUACGUUACCGCCCGAGAUUAUCUCCACUCAGGAAAAGGCUGGCUCCAAAAAGGAUAGGUCUGGUAAUAAAAAGACAGAAUCCUCAGGGACAAAAUUAGCUAAAGAUUCUGCUAGUUCAAAAAAGUCCCAUGGGGUUCCAAAAGUGUGUGAGAGGUUUAGUUCAACUAAAGAUACCAGCACAACCAGCCCCCCAAACAGUGCAUUCCCACCUGAGGUCAUCUCCAUUCAAGAAAAUGCUAGUUCAAAAAAGACCAAAGCAAAUUCCCUACAGCGGGAUAUGUCUGGCCAUAAAGAGACUGACUCUUUAGGGACAAGAUUAAGUAGAGAUUCUGCUAGUUCAAACAAGGCCCGUGAAGCUCCAGAAGUGUUUUUGAGAUCAAGUAAAACAAAAAAUACCACCACAACCAGUCCUGAAAAGAGUACGUUACCACCCGAGAUUAUCUCCACCCCAAAGAAUACUGGCUCAAAAAAGACCCGAACAAAUUCCCCACACCAGGAUAGGCCUGGCAAUAAAAAGGCUGAAUCUUCAGGGACAAAAUUAUCUAAAGAUUCUGCUAGUUCAAAAAAGUCCCAUGGGGUUCCAAAAGUGUGUGUAAGGUUUAGUUCAACUAAAGCUGCCACCACAACCAGUCCUCAAAAGACUGCACUCCCGUCUGGGAGUCGUAAGAGGCGUAUCUCCACUCAGGAAAAUGCUGGCUCAAAAAAGACCCGAACUAAUUCCCCACACCAGGAUAGUUCUGGCAAUAAAAAGACUGAAUCUUCAGGGACAAAAUUAGCUAAAGAUUCUACUAGUUGCAAAAGUUCCCAUGAGGUUCCAAAGGGGUGUCAGAGUUCCAGUACAACUAAAGAUACCACUACCAGCCUUCUGAAGAGUAUAUUCCCACCUAGGAGUCGUCGAGGGCGUAUUGUCCCUCGGGAGAAUACUGGCUCCAAAAAGAGCCAAACCAGUGAUGCACACCAGGAUAGGUCUGCCCUUAAAAAGACUAAAUCCUCAGGGUCAAAAUUACCUAAAUGGGUCUCAUUUGAGUUCCCUUCACCAUCUGUUGGUCAGAAAGCGUCCAGUUUCAUUGAAAAUGAUGCCGGAUUGAAAGAGUCUUGCAGUGAACCUCUCAGUAGCGGCAACAUUUCUGAAGAGGAGCCCACCUCCAAACGGUUGAAAAGACCAUAUAGUUCAUUAUUAGGGACUUCUACUAUCGCAGGCCCUCAGUGGAAGAAAUUGCCUAAGAAAGCUACCGCUUUAAGUAAGGCGAGAGAAACUAUUGCUAAGAAACCCAGACUGGAUGAACAUUAUAGUAUUUCAGAACAGGUGAAAAUACGCAACGCGCAGAAGUUAGCUAAAGGAUCAAUAAAAGAGACGGUUGCAAAAAUGACAAAAUCAGACCCAUCUAAAUUAAGGAAAACAAAGCAUGAUUCCAGCGAUGAGACGGGAAACAAAUCAACAUCUCCAUCUGUGCCAGCAAGGAAAGCUACCGCAUUAAGAGCAAAAAGGUCUUCUUCCUCACCGGUCCAGAAGGAGGCACGGUCUCCAAGGUCUCAGAGUCUUGCUGUCGUUUCACCCGUCCAGAAAGAGGCACCGUCCCCCAUGAGUCCCGUUGUCGGUUCCACGCCACACAGUCUCUCCCCCCACGAUGUCAACACACCGCUUGUUGCACCACCAGCGCAGCCUUCAAUCGUCAUUGGUAAAACUCUGCUCAAGAACCAGUGUGGGCAGUGUGGUCGUGUUCUCAGCAGCCCUGCUGUCCUUGAGAGCCACAUGAAUCUCCACAUAGGUCACCGGCCAUUCUCUUGCCGGAUCUGUCGGAAGGACUUUCCUGAUGCCAGGGGUCUGAGACGGCACAGCUGGGUGCACGCCGAUAGCAGGAUCCAUGUCUGCCAGCAGUGUGGGAAGGGGUUCGUGUAUAGUUAUUGCCUCACCAAACAUCUCCAGAUGGUACAUAGGAAGAUUAAACCGUUUGUCUGCCAGAUCUGCGACAAGGCAUUCUUCACAAAGGUAGACGUGGAGGACCACAUACGUAUCCACACAGGGGAGAAACCAUUCCAGUGCCACAUAUGCGAAAAGAGGUUUGUCAAGAAAAUAGAGCUGAGAGCGCAUUUGAAGUGGCAUAGUGGAGAGAAAAGACACUGGUGUCCAUAUUGCGGGAAAGGAUUCUUUGACUACAAUAACUUGAAAAGACACAAGUAUAUCCACACGGGAGAGAAACCCAAGUCUUGUCCACACUGCCCUAAACACUUUAAGCAGUCAAGCCAUUUGAAAAAGCACGUCAGAACUAUACAUAAAAAUGUGUCAGUUGAGAAAGACUAAAAGUUGUUUUCUUUGAAAAUGUAUUUUUGUGACACAUUUUAGCGUUGCCACAAACAGGAAGAAAUGUCUUCAAUAAAAAAAAUUAAAACCCAUUGUAAUGUUUUCCCUCG